GAAAAGCCAUUUGAGUGCACGCAAAAUAGAGACAUGGACAAGUUUAUAAUAAAAGAGAAAAGAGCUAAACCUGCUGAAGAAGAGGAAGAGUCCAGUGAAAUCGAGGAAAGUUGCACCCCGGAGACAAGCGCUAACUUAAGAAGAAAAUUCCGGCAGGAAUGGCUGCAACAAUUUUCGUGGCUUAAGAAAAUCGAUGGAGAAGCGUUUUGUGUGGCUUGCGAGAAAAGAAUAACUAAUAACUUAUCACAUUUAACGCGGCAUGCCAAAAUUAAGACACAUUGCGCCAACCUUGAAAAGAAGAAAAACCAAUUGAAAUUGGAUGAAUUUGUUAACGAAGAAAGGGCAACAUUAGCUAAACAGGUACGCAAUGCGGAGUUUACAAUUGUUGUUUUCUGUAUUAUGCACAAUUUGCCCUUUCGGUUGGUCGAUUAUUUACCUGGUCUUUUAUACGAUUGCUGCACUGAUAGUCAAAUAGCAAAAGCGUUAAAAUCCCACAGAACAAAGGCAACGUCUUUAGCUGAAAUUUUAGGCGAUAAAUCAAAAAAUAAAAUUGUAAAUGUGCUGCAAAAAAGCAAAUUCUCGUUAAUUGUCGACGAAACCACAGACUUGUCUUGCCGAAAAGCCUUAGUACUGGUUGUAAGAUAUUUCGACCAACUAUCGCGUAAAGUAAAAGAUCAUUUUUUGCAAUUGAUUGAGUUAGAUCAAUCCGACUCCGAAUCUAUUUAUCGAGCGAUUAAAUUGUUUUUUGAAUCUCACAAUAUUCCUCUGUCAAAUUUAAUGGGUCUUGCUACGGAUGGUGCAGGCACUAUGGCGGGUUGUUUAAACGGAUUGAAAACAAAGUUAAAAGCGGACGUUAACUUAUUUUAUAUUAAAUGUACGUGCCACUCCCUGCACCUUUGCUCCAGUUACGCGUGUAAAAAACUUCCGCAUCAAAUUGAGGAGCUAUGUCGCAACGUUUACAAAUUUUUUGCAUAUAGCCCCAAGCGUAUAAAAGACUUCAAGGAGUUUCAAGACUUUUGUGAGGUAAAGCCCCACAAAAUUCUAGGAAUAUCGCUUACCAGAUGGCUUGCUUUGGAGGCAGUAAUAUCGCGGAUUAUCGAGCAGUGGGAGGCCUUGCAAUUGUAUUUUUUAUCAUGCUGCUUAGAAGUAAAUGGAAUAAAGUCACAGUACUUGGCGAAUCUGAUGGGUAAUGCAGAACUUAAAGUUUACAUACUUAAUGGUAAUGGUAAUGAUAGUGGUAAAAGUAAUGGUUAUGGUAAUCGUAACAGUAAUGGUAAUCAUAAUCGUAAUGUUAAUGGUUAUGGUAUUUACAAUCGUAAACGUAAUCGUAAUCAUUAUCGCGAGCUGAGUCAUUGUCAUAAUCGUAAUCAUAAUCAUAGUCAUAGUCGUAAUCUUAAUCAUAAUCAUGAUCAAAAUCAUAAACAUAAUUAUAAUCAUAGUCAUAAUCGUAAUCAUAAUCAUAGUCAUAAUCGUAAUCAUAAUCAUAGUCAUAACCGCAAUCAUAAUCAUAGUCAUAAUCGUAAUCAUAAUCAUAGUCGUAAUCGCAAUCAUAAUCAUAAUCAUAGCCAUAAUCCUAACCAUAAUCAUAGUCAUAAUCAAAGUCAUAGCCGUAAUCAUAAUGAUAAUCACCAUCCAAAUCAUAGUCAUAGUCACAAUCAUAAUCAUAAGCGUAGUCGUACUCGUAAUACCUUUAUUCCGGCAAGUAAGACUAACAAUUACAAGAUAUCAACGGCAGCGUUAUCGCUUCAAGGUGCUGGCGGCGCAGUAACUUCCAGUAACGAAGUGGGCGAUGUGACAGCCGCAAGGUUGUGGCUAAGUGGCAUCAACAGUUAG